UGGAGAGACAGCACCAUGACCCAGGGAAAGCUUUCUGUGGCUAACAAGGCCCCUGGGACUGAGGGGCAGCAGCAGGCAAAUGGUGAGAAGAAGGAGACUCCAGCAGUGCCCUCUGCCCCACCCUCCUAUGAAGAGGCCACCUCUGGGGAGGGGCUGAAGGCGGGAGCCUUCCCCCCAGCUUCCACAGCUGUGCCUCUCCACCCAAGCUGGGCCUAUGUGGACCCUAGCAGCUCUACAUAUGAUGGCGGUUACCCCACUGGACACCAUGAGCUAUUCACCACCUUCAGUUGGGAUGACCAGAAAGUUCGACGGGUCUUCAUCAGAAAGGUCUAUACCAUCCUGCUGAUCCAGUUGCUGGUAACCUUAGGUGUCGUGGCUCUCUUUACCUUCUGUGACUCUGUUAAGGACUAUGUCCAGGCCAAUCCUGGCUGGUACUGGGCAUCCUAUGCUGUGUUCUUUGCAACCUACCUGACCCUGGCUUGCUGUUCUGGACCAAGGAGACACUUUCCCUGGAACCUGAUUCUGCUGACCAUCUUUACCCUGUCCAUGGCCUACCUCACUGGGAUGCUGUCCAGUUACUACAACACUACGUCUGUGCUGCUGUGCCUGGGCAUCACGGCCCUCGUCUGCCUCUCAGUUACAGUCUUCAGCUUCCAGACCAAGUUUGACUUCACCUCCUGCCAGGGUGUGCUCUUCGUGCUGCUCAUGACCCUCUUCUUCAGUGGACUCAUUCUAGCCAUCCUCCUGCCCUUCCAAUAUGUGCCCUGGCUCCAUGCAGUCUAUGCCGUGCUAGGAGCAGGCGUGUUUACACUGUUCCUGGCAUUUGACACCCAAUUGCUGAUGGGUAACCGACGCCACUCGCUCAGCCCUGAGGAGUAUAUUUUUGGAGCCCUCAACAUUUACCUAGACAUUAUCUAUAUCUUCACCUUCUUCUUGCAGCUUUUUGGCACCAACCGGGAAUGA